CAGCCGGACAGGGGUACUAAACGAACAAGAGAUGAUGACCCUGAUGAGGGUAAAGCUCAGAGGAGAGAGAGAGGCCGGAACUGGCACCGAGAUGAAGAAAGAGGCACACAGGAAGACGAUAAAGCACUAGAUAACGCUGAUGGAGCACCUAAUGCUGAUGAUGAUGAGGCGGAACCAUUGGAUGAAGGUGCCGUAAAGAAGAUGAUUCUAACUUUUGAGAAGCGAUCAUACAAGAACCAGGAGUUGCGUAUUAAAUUCCCUGACAGUCCUGAGAAGUUCAUGGAGUCAGAGCUGGACCUAAAUGACAUUAUACAAGAGAUGCACGUUAUUGCCACUAUACCAGACAGACCUGUAUCAUCUUCUAGUCGAACUUAAUGCUGUGCAGUCUUUGCUUGGCCUGCUGGGACAUGAAAAUUCUGAUGUAUGUAUCGCUGUGGUUGACCUGCUGCAAGAGCUGACUGACAUAGAUACUUUACAUGAGAGUGAGGAAGGAGCUCAGGUCCUUAUAGAUGCAUUGGUGGAUGGGCAGGUGAUUGCCCUCUUAGUGCAGAAUCUGGAGCGGCUGGAUGAGACUGUGAAAGAAGAAGCAGAUGGUGUACACAACACUUUAGCAAUCAUUGAGAACAUGACUGAAUUCCGCCCUGAGAUCUGCACUGAGGCAGCACAGCAAGGCCUGCUCCAAUGGCUGCUAAAACGCUUAAAGGCCAAGAUGCCAUUUGAUGCCAACAAGCUCUACUGCAGUGAAAUCCUGGCCAUUCUUCUACAGAACAAUGAUGACACUCGGGAACUCCUGGGGGAGCUGGAUGGAAUAGACGUGCUGCUUCAGCAGUUAUCGGUGUUCAAGCGGCACGAUCCUAGCACAGCAGAGGAACAGGAGAUGAUGGAGAAUCUGUUUGAUGGUCUUUGCUCCUGCCUAAUGCUCAGCAGUAACAGGGAGAGGUUCCUGAAGGGAGAAGGGUUGCAGCUUAUGAAUCUAAUGCUAAGAGAGAAGAAAAUGUCACGCUGCAGUGCACUUCGUGUGUUGGAUCACGCCAUGAUUGGCCCUGAGGGCAGCGACAACUGUCACAAAUUUGUGGACAUCCUGGGGCUUAGGACCAUCUUCCCACUCUUCAUGAAAUCCCCUAAAAAGAUGAAGAAGACCGGCGUCUCUGAAAAGGAGCAUGAGGAGCAUGUCUGUUCCAUUCUGGCCUCCCUGCUUCGUAAUCUGAGAGGACAACAGAGGACACGACUUCUGAGCAAGUUUACAGAGAAUGAUUGUGAGAAGGUUGAUCGUCUGAUGGAGCUGUAUUUUAAGUAUCUGGAUGCUGUGCGGGUGGCAGACAAGAAAAUAGAAGGAGAAAAACAUGACAUGGUGCGUCGUGGAGAAAUUCUAGAUGAUGAUCUGGAGGAUGAGUUUUACCUGCGCAGGCUGGAUGCCGGUCUGUUUCUGCUUCAAUUGCUGUGCUACAUUAUUGCAGAAAUCUGCAACAGCAACCUGCCACAGGUCCGGCAGAGAGUGAUGCAGAUCUUGACCAUGAGGGGAAGCUCUAUAAAAAUUAUGCGACAUGUACUGAAGGAAUAUUCAGAGAGCAUAGGCGAUGGGAAGAGCGCAGAGUUUCGGGAAAGCGAACAAAAGAGAAUUCUGGAUCUGUUGGAGACCUUGUGA